AACCAGGAAACAACCUCCGCUCACAAUGAGAAGGAUGGUGCCGUGGCCCAGAUCUGCCGAUGCACACAGUAACAGAGCAACAGAGCCAGCGAACAACAAGGGUGCAGGCAAAGGGGAGCAAGAGGCUGCCCAGAGAGUAGACAAUCCAGGGCUUGAAGAGUCUGGGUUUGAGGUUUAUUUUUUCUCCCGACAAAGACACACACUGUCUAAACUGUGUGGCUGGUUGUUAUUAAGAAGCUGCUGGACGAGGGGAAAAUGUAUUUAAUAAAAGGCCCAGUGUUUGUGGUCUUCUUGGGCUCACUGCUGAGCUCAGGAAAUCUUGAGGUGUGACCAGUUUUCAGCCUUCAAAACCAAGACGAACUGCCCUUGAGAAGGGUGGUCAGAGGGAAAACAUGUUCACCCUCUCUCUCCUAAGCCGGGGACACGGGAAGUUGGUCCAGAACAAACAGAAGUUAGAAGUCUAUUUUGAACCAGAGGAUUACUUGAACUGGAAGUCCCCAGAAGAUUAUAUCCUGGCCAGCAAACUGCAGGAUGAGGACAAUGCUGACCAGCACAUGUGGAGUCUCAUUCUUCCUAAAACAUUCAGCACUAGAAAGGGUGCCCUGAUCCUCUACUCAGAAGGUUUAGCCAUAUCAGCAUGGACCCCUGAAGAGAGAAGAAAAGGCCCCUACCGCCCCAAAGGCCACAGGAAGAGGCUGGAUCUUGAACUCCACACACUUCAAGACCUCAAAGAAGCCAUCCUGGCAUAUGGAAGGAGACAGAGAGAACAGGGCAGAGCCUGGCAGCCGUACCUCCACUUCCGAAGCCAACCAGAGAGCCAGGGCCUACGGCAGAUCCAGCCUGGGUAUUCAGCCAAGAGAUACCUCCGUGGCCUCCUGCGGACAUGGCCCCCUGACACCACGUACCGGCUCCAAUGUGCAGGCUACAUCAAGGAUUCUGUGCUGCUCCAGGACAGUCAACUUAAUGCACCAAAGAAUCUCAGUCCACAACAGGAUCUUUCAGGUGUACCCCCAAAAUACCACCUCCUGCCUGUCUUUCCUCCAUUUUGGAUUCAACAAAGAAAAUCUUUUGAACAAGGUCAGCAGGGCCUGGAUGAAGGGGAAGCUGGGGCUGCUGGACAUGUGGACCAGGGCUCUAUAGCCAAGGAUCAUGGCAAUCAGGGGACUCGCUUGCAGCCACUCAGGAAGCAGCCUUGGCAGGAAGAUGAAAUCCAGGCAGAGGCCACGUCAACAGAGAAUCACCGCCAUAUAAACACUUCAAAGGCAAGCCACAAUGAAAAAACCCAGCAACCCCCCAGGAGGGACCUUGGGCAUGCCCACAUCCAUCCUUCUUGGCUCCUGAGUGACAAAUCCCACAUUACAUUCUAUGGAGGCACCUUCCUCAGUAAGAAGGCAGGUCUCAGCGACAAACAAGAGAAUAUGAAACUCCACCAGGGCAGAAGCAGCCAUUUGUCCCAGGAGCCUCCUGCUGAAAGAUGUCUCUUCCCUCCUGUAGCAUCUGCUACUAAUUCAGAAAAAAACACAUCUGGGGAAGUGAAGAAGAAAAAGGCACCAAAAGCUGUGCAAUUACCUCCUAUCUCAGAAGAACCACCCAGAGCCCUGGACCCCCCGAGGAGUCACCUUAAAGCCAAGGAGCCCCCAGAAGAGCUCUUCAUCUUCCCUGUGGAGAUUCAUUUCCACACCCAACACCCCUCAAAAGGAAAAGCACGAAGAAGAGGUGCUCCACACCCUGAGUCAGCACCUGAAACAGAUGAAGAGUCCAGGCCUUUAUUACGGAGGCCUCCCCUGAAGCAUGCGUCCCUAAAAUGGCCAAGGCAAUUAACAGUGCAUCUCCCAGUGGACACAGGCAGGGACACACUCUCACCUCAAGAGAAUAAUGCCUCAGGCCAGAAUGGGACCCCACCACUGUCCCUGCUUAAAGGAAGAAAAAGUCCAGAGAGCCACAGGGGUCUGGACAGCCCCAGGACAUCAGGCCGCAGCAGCCCCACGGGCCCCUCCAAUGUGAGAUGGGCUGGGGGGACAUUCUCAGCAGAAGGACAAGAAAAUUCCAGAGACCCCACUCUGGGACACUUCUUGCUGGGUCCAGAUGGGGAAAACAUCUGCCUGUCCCUCCCAGGGCUGACCCAAACCGAGGAGCUUCUGCCGGCUGAAGCCUAUGAAUCUACCAAUUCAAAUACCAGCCAUGGAAAGGAGUCGUCCAGUAUUCAACAUCUUCUAAAAGAAAAUAAUGAAUCCAGAACUGAUCUUCACAUGAAUCUUAAUGAAACCUCACCUUUGACCCAAAUGCCAGAGAAGCAGGGAGCCCAGCAGUCCUCGGAGGCAGCAGCUCAGAAGACAGGAGAGCCUCAAAGUUGUAUAAAUAAAGGGCUGAUAUGUUCAAACAGGAAAGAAUUUUACACGCGAAAGCUGCACAUCGACAUGACGCCGUUCCUGAAGGAAAGUGGAGAUGAACUGGACUAUCAUGAAGAAGCAGGAGGACCCCUAACAGAAAAUCAUCUGGAUGCUCAAGACCCAGAGCCAGGGAGCAUGACCCUUGACCUUUUUAGUGCUUCGCUGGCUGACCACAUCCAGAUCCCCGAGGCAAAUACUGUCCAAAAGGCAGGCAGAGAUUAUAAUGUGCACCAUCUGCACAGAGGACCCCCAACACAUGGGCCUUACUCCCCAGAGACGUUGGGUCCCAUAGACACAGCUCUUCUUCCAAAAGGAAAAGAAGAGAAGACUGAACCAAGACUGUUCAAACAGCAGACACCAGCCAGCAUCAGUCAUGAGAUGGAACUGAUUGACAAAGCCAAGAGAAAGAAAAGAACCAAGACAGAUAAGUCCAAGGAGCCCAAGGGUGAGAGAGAAGGAAAGAUCCAUAGGGAAGCAGAGGCCGCUGUCGGAAAGCCAAAGGAAUCAAAGGCUGAAAAGAAAUCAGAGCCAAUUCACAAGGGAAAAAAAACAGGAGCCAAAAGGAAAAGGAUACGAAAGGAAAGGAAUCUGGAAAUGGCAGCAGAGCUGAGCGGGCCUGAUGUCAUUAACUCUGCGGAAACUAAAGACACCUCAGAUGGAGGUUUCUUCUCUUCCGUGAUAGAGGAUCCCUGGCUUUCUUCCAAAUUUGAUGCUCCUGAGAGUCAAGUUUCUAUAGAUGCAAGGUCAUCACCUACCCAGACUGCAGCUGUCACUGGAAACAUGGUAUCUGAAGAAGAGAGAAGCCAUGAGGACCCUUCCAAGGCCCUCCUCACUAAGAGGGAGCAAGAGAGAGCUUCCCGGGACAGGCUGCGAGCAGAGCGGGCCCACAUGAGACGGCUGGAGGUGGAGAGGAAGAGAAGGGAGCAGGAGGAGCAGAGGCGGCUCCAGCAGGAGCAGCUGGAGAGGGCAGAGAAGAUGAAGGAGGAGCUGGAGCUGGAGCAGCGAAUCCGCGCGGAAGAGAUCCGCUUGAGGAAGCAGAAGCUCGAAGAAGAAAGGCAGCGGCAGGCGGAGGAGGAGAGAAAGCAGUGGCUUCAGUUGCAGAUGGCCCGGGAGAGAGCGCGGCAGCAGCAGGAGGAGCUCCGCAGGAAACUGCAGGACCUGCAGAGGAAAAAGCAGCAGGAGGAAGCUGAGAGGGCUGAGGCAGAGAAGCAAAGGCAGAAGGAAUUGGAAAUGCAGUUAGCAGAAGAACAAAGGCGCCUGAUGGAAAUGGCUGAAGAAGAACGGCUGGAGUACCAGCGGCAGAAACAGGAAGCAGAGGAGAAGGCUCGGCUGGAAGCAGAGGAGAGACAGCAAAAGGAAGAGGAAGCAGCAAGACUGGCUUUGGAGGAAGCCAUGAAACAAGCCCAGGAACAAGCCAGGCGAAAAGAUGCUUUGAAGAAACAUCUUCAUUUCCAUCAAGAACUCCAUAAGGAAGCCAAUAGCCUGCAGUGGACGCAGAACAUUUCCAGACCAUGGGUCUACUCUUACUUCCAGUUCCUACAAAUGCCCAGACCUUAAGACUAGAAGAAAACCAAAAAGUAAGUUGGGAGGUGGUGACAGAAAAAGAGAAACUUCCUUCUAUAAUGAAGUUUCAUACUGAGCCCAGUUAGUUCCAUUCCAUCUGGUUCACCUCACACCACACCUAAGUUCACUCUGGGAUCUCCAUCCCCACCACACAUACUUUACUCAACCCAAUUAAACUCUUCACUCACCUAAAUCAUUCAUGUUCUCUAGAACCACAUAAAUCCAGAAGCUUUGGUGCCUAAAGUUGGCCAAUAAUUUCAGUAAGUUUCAGUUUAAUUUAGCUAGACAUUAACAUAGUCUUAGGGUAAUAAAAGUAUUUCAUUUCAGUCAAUGUGUCUGAAAAAGUUGCAUGUAAAUGGAAAUUCUCUAAUGGA